AUGUUGCCUUCCAUUUUUGGAAUUACUAGUGAAAUGAAACGCUCACGAGAAGUAAUUGAGGAGAUAUAUUCGUCUUCAAUUGAAAAGAUUCAAGCAACUUUUGCUGCUUCAGAUUCACGUGGAAAUUAUCAAAAAACGAAUGGCGUCACAAUUGAAUAUAUUGCAACUAGAAUGAAUGGUGAAAGAGCAUUUGUCAAAGCUAUAGGAUAUUUGGAUAAUAACAGCGAAGUGAUAUUUAAAGAAAUUCGGUUACUUCGGCCAUAUACUGAAGGAAUCACCCUCAGAGUUCGGGUGAUAAUCUAUGAAAUUGCCGCAGCAUAUAUUUUAUUUCGUCAUAUAAUGCGAAUGAGCGAAGUUACCUAA